UCUUACUACGCAUGCGCAGUAGAUCCUGGCAACCGACCCAAACAUCCAACAUGGCGGCAACUUACACAGAUUUGAGGAAGAUUUAGGGCAAUUUUGUACAUUUAAACCCUUCAAAAGUAGCGCAAGGAACUGAAAUAUGCCUCCCAAGAGAGCCAAGAGUGGAGGCGGAUCCGCCGGGCUGGCAAAAUGGGAACAGGCCCUUCUUGAAGCCCAAUUUGAAGAGGAAGAGUGGAAGCCGAAUGUUACGCUUGUCGUGGGAAACAAGAUGGAGGACUACCGACACGUGGAUGCCCUCCACGCGGUCGUGGGAAUCCCUCAGCGAAAGCUCUUCAGUACUGUCUCAAAGGCCGACCUCUUUGAACAGGUGAAAGAACUUGGAAAUCCAAAGGCCAAGAAAGGCAAGGAGACUCCCCAGUUCUAUGAGAUCUGUGAGUCGGUGAAGCCCAUGUUAGAUGAGGGACUGGAUGUGCCCAUACUGGUCCUGGCUAAACUGAUCAAGUUCAAGCUGCUGGACAUCAAGGUCAACGACCUCAAGAGGAGAGAGGCUGAGAAAAAGGCUGCAGAAGACAAGGCCAAAGGCAAGACUCCAGGUAAAGAUGGGAAGAGGCCCAGGAGUAAGUCUCCUGCGAAAGGGAAAGGGAAGAAGACCCCAGAACCUCCCGCUGUCAAGAAGGACACCAAACUGAAGAGGAGAGGGGAGGAAGAUGAAGAGAACAAAUACAUAGAUGAUGAGCCAGACGACGGACCACAGCACUACAUGUUGGUGCACGGUUUUCACCAACCACAGCUGGUCAUGGCGCUGGCGGACGUGGGAGUCAACGUGGACGCGCUGCUCAAAAUUACAUCGGAGGACUAUACCAUCUUCCAAAUCCCAGAGGGAGGGGAGGGGUCACCCAGGGAGGAGCAGAAAAAAGAUGAACAGGUGGAGCCUGUAGCAGGUGCGCAGGAAGCCCAACAAGACAUCGAGCGACAGCAGCGACAGAAAGCGGAGGACGAGCUGAAGCGGUUCUGGAAGUUCCUGGACCCGGUGUUGCGGCGUGCGCCGGCGGGGUCCCGGCUACACGACAUGGCGCGGUUAGAGUACGUGGUGGUGAACACGCUCCAUCCCUCGGACUGGGAGGAUCCAGACAAGACGCUUGCUUUCGGCACGGCUGUGUUUGAGGACGUUGCCUGUAAGAUUUACGACAUGUACGACUGGAGGCGCCAGUUUCAGCAUUACCUGAGCAACAUGAAGCUGUUACAUGUCCCCCUGUAUGGGGAGGCACCUCCUGUACCUGCACAGCCUACUGACUCAAAGUUGUCAGCCCAGGCCCCUACUCCAGGCAUCCCAGAGCUGGAUGUUCCAGCGGGGCCCCCUGACGUGGACAUGCGGUACUACAGCGAGCUGAUGAACACUGUACCACAGGAGAGUGUGAGCAUCCCACUCAUCAUGCACUGCAUGCUGGAGCAGGAUGGUGAACUUGACUUGGCUGCCAAACCUGUAGAGGACAAGAACCAGCAGCGCCCCCUGCUGCUGCAGUACGGGGAUGGCGUGUCGCUGCGCACGCACCACCUGAAGCAGGUGGACGGGUUCCAGCCGCAGGUGCAGGAGCUGAAGAUGGUGCACCUGCUGCCCGUGGCGCGGCUGUGUGAACUCCCGCCUCCGUCCACGCGGGUCAGUAAGGAACGUGCUGCCCGUCUGCAGGAACUACUGCACUUCUGUGCUACAGGCAACUUGAGUCUGUCUGAGAUCGACCGUGCCUUCAAGCAGUUUGUGUUUGAGAGUAUGGUUGGCAGCACCACUGACAAGAGUGGGAUGGUGCUGGAGCCCCCUCUAACAGAUGAGGAUGGUACUGCACCUGAGGUGGAGCUGGAUGUGCCCUGGGAUGACCCCUUCCCCUUCUACCAGGAACUGAAGAGGAGCGGACUUCUGAAGGUUAAGAAACAACAGGAUAAAGAGACAAGCAAAAUAACAGCAGCUGACCCAGGUAACCAGGAUGCCCCCCAAUCUGGCACACCUGUGGAGGAGGGAGAACAGCAGCCGGGUAGCCGGCCCACCAGCGGCCGGUCCAGGUCUUCCCGCCCCACCUCUGCCAGAAUGGGUUCUGCUGGGUCCAACAAGUCUGGUAAGGAACAGUCUCUAUCUCAAGAAAUACCAGAUGAAAACAAAGCACAAGAAGAAUCCAAAGAAGCAGAACAGAAGUCCCAAGAGGAACAAGAAGAAGAGGACCAAUCAGAUCACGUGACAGUGAACCUGAUUGAGGCCACACAGAAGCGACAGUUGGAUGACUGGUGCUUCGCAGAACACUUUGAGCCAGAGGUUCUGAUUCAGGUCCUGGACGAAGCCAAGUUCAAGUACUCCCACAUGGACAGUUACUACCACAAGCGAGACCAUUCCAUGAUGAUGGUGUUCCACAACCCCCUGGGUCCUGAUCUACACAACCACACAGCCUGGAACACUUACCUCCACUCUGAUGUGGGCUUCAGAAACUACUUGGAACACGUGACAGAGAACAUCUCAGACUGGGUUCGUGUGGAGGAAGCCAAGUUCCAGGCGGAGUUGCUCGCAAAGGAGCUGGCUCUACAGAAGACUCCCGUAACAACCCCCGACACCUCACGGCCAUCCAGCUCCAAGAGCCAGAGAAAGAGAUCCCAGUCACCCAAGAAGAAGUCCAGGUCCCCAUCAGGUAAGAGGUCCAAGAGGGGAUCAGCCAAGUCCCCAGAGAGACCCUCGUCUGCCGCAAGACCGCUACACGUGCGGGAGAACUCGCUGAAGGCCUGGAAGGAAGAACAGGACAUCCUCAAAGCUGAGGAGGAGAGAAAGGCACGGGAGAAGGAAGAGAAAAGGGCCAAGUCUGCCAGCAAGAAGGCUAGCCGAGAGCGAGGCAGCUCAGCUGGCAGCACCAAGAGUAAGAGCAGGGAGAAGACGUCGGACAAGAAGUCUCGAGGAGAGGACAAGGAAGACAAGGACAAGACACAGGAGCCGGUACCUGAGAUACAGGAACCUACCGAACCUGAAGUCAUCUUACCUUUCACCGGUUACGAUGUCGGUAACGAGCUGGUCCAUGCUGCGGGGGAGUCGGUUACGCUGUUCCCAUGUGACGGCGGAAUUAUCAGGACUGAGAAAAACUCUUUUGUACAAGAUGGCGUUGCUGUGAGGACGUCUGUGCUGAAGGAUGGCCACCUGUUUGUGAUCCACAUCCUGGACCCCAGACAGAAAGGAGAUGUAGAGAACACUGGCGAGGAGUCAGUCAAGGAAAAGGCAGAUCUGGAAAAGUCUGAGAAAGAAGAAGGAAGCCAGUCCCCUCGAGCUGGAACCCCAGACAAGAAGGAUGAGUCUGCCCCCCUCCCCCUGUCCAGGUUCGGCUCCUUCACAGCUGUGCUGAAGGACGGCAUGUGUCUGUCUCUCAGUAACCAUGGACCCUCUGGGAAACCAAAGAUGCCAGAUGAUAUGUCAGCAAAAGAGGUGGACAUCAUGACCAACAUCCCCCCAGCCUCCACCCCAACCCCUCCUCCCCCCUCCCCCUCCAGAGCCAAGUCCCCACGCGCCAAGUCACCCAAGGGAAAACCCAAGUCACCCAAGGGGAAAAGGAAGGAACCCCAGGUGGAGGAGAAGCCUCCAGAACCGGAGGAGCCCCCACCCGAGCCAGAGGAGCCUGAAGAAGCGCCCAUCCCCCCCUUCCAGCAGCUGUUUGUGUCCUGUCCAGAUGGACUCAACAUUAGGUACUUCCUGGAGAAGGACAUAGGCAUCAAGCCGGAGACGGUAGCGGAGAUAGGCCGCUCCAGGCUCCUGGUUCGACAGACGUAUCCGUUCAAGACCCGCGGGCUGCAGAAGGUGGAGGACCUGCGGAAGAAACCGGCGAUGCAGGAGGUGUCUCGAUGUGUCAACAGUGAUGGGACAGUGGUCAAGGUGUUACACGACGGAAGCACACAGGUUCUGUUUGCUGAUGGGACUAUCAGUGAAAACCCCGGGGCAGGGCCCAUUGGACCCUACGGCAGCAGGAGCAACUCCCCCUCCCGACCCCCCCAGUCCCCCACUCAGGAACCCCCCGAGGAUGGCAAAGAAACUCCUUCCAAGAAGAAAGCUGCUAAGGGUGGCAGGAAGUCCAUCACUACACUGCAGGAGCCUGAGCCCGUGGUAGUUGCGCCGCCGGUCGAUGAGAAAGCCAACCAAUGGGUCACAACCUCGCCGAGCGGGGAAAGAGUGGCGACUAAAGGCGACGGAACGCCGUUUGACGUGAAGGCAGCACUGCUGUGUCAGGCCAGCGAUCCUGAAUCCGGAGCUGUUGUGGUGACCCGGGAGGACAAGGUGAUCAGUGUACACCGCCCUGACGACAGCGUAGUUGUGGAACAUCGUGACGGAACCAGAAUCACCACGUUCUACAAGGACGUCAUCCGUGCCGUUCCCGUGGAUGAGAACGAAACUGGUGAGAGUCCCCGUAUGGAGACUGCCCGUGUGAAGCACACUAAGGUAGAAUGUGUGGGGUACGCUACUCUGCUGUUCAACAGUCUGGACGGCUCCUGUAUGACCGUGUUUGGGAACGGCACCAGUCUCAUGACUAAUCUCAACGGGACAUACCAGCUGUAUCACGGGGACGGGGGGCGACUGGACAUGGACGCGGACGGAACCACGGUCUACGCGCCGCGGCCUGACAAUGACCUGGGGCGUGGCGGGGAGGAGGAGAUGGCCCUGGGUUCGUACGUGAUGCGCCACAACACGGAGAUGUGCUGUGAGAUGGUGGAUCUACAGGGCAAUGUGUUCCAGGUGGCAGUGGAUGGAACAACUUCAGUGAUUCGAGCAGGCCAGUAUGGAGAGGAGGAGGGAGAUGAAGAGGAGGAUGAGAGUUUCCAGAAGAGGAGGAAGAUGAUACAGUAUGGGGAACACUGUCCCAGGUUCUUCAUCAUUCAUGCUAAUGGCAGUGGAACAGAGCUGCUCAGGCCCAAGGACGUAGCUGAGUACCUGUCCAUGGCAGCCAGGGAUCCCACCUGUGCCCUGAUCCAGGAUCCACUCCCAGAGUACCCCGGUGUUACCGGCAUCACCGUCCUCAAGCCCCACACCAGCGGCAUCAGCCAGUCAUGGCUCAAGAAACUGGACGAGGAAGUCAUCAUGCCCAAGGGGUUGAAGUCGCGGGACUUGAAGACCAUGUCUGUGUCCGCAGAGAAGACGCCGGGACCGUCGUUUGGUACCAACGUGGGGAAGGGUUUGAGCGUGGGGUCUGUGAUGUCGUCUCCCAGACCCGUGCCAAUCUUACACUGUCCUGACACACUGGAGAUCAGACAGCUGGUGCAGUAUAAACCUGUAAGCGAGGACCUGAGAAAGCGGCUGCAGCUGGGGCUGAAGGCGUACGCGGAGCACGUGUUAGAGCGUGAACAGACCAGCGCUGCGCUGAUGGUACAGGAUCCACGGACAGAGGAGGAGAAGAUUCACGCUGCGGACCUCGCUUCACAGACGAUUUUUGGACAGGCACAGGAAACUGAACACCAUGAGAGUGCAGAUAAAAAAGUCACCGUGAUGGAGGGUGAUGUUACUACUGCGUAUGAGAAAGCAGUGGAGGUACCUCCACCCGAACCUCCACCUACACCCAGGAACAAACGUACACAGGACGACUGGGACAGGGACAGACGAGAGCUAGCAGAGGAGCAGGAAGGUAGAAAUGCCCUUAAGAACAAAGAUGUUCCACCUUACUUCGAAAGUGAGAUGGGGAAGCACUUCCUCAUGAGCCAGGCCCCUGACAUGGAUGCUCUCACGAGGGAACUUGCACACGACCCGCGGCGUGACGGGUCACAGGUCAUCCGCAGUAACCCUGACAGUCCCAUCAGCAUGGGGGAGAGUCCGCAGGGCUCCAGCGGUCAUCUGGUCAGGGUGCAAGAAACCUUUUCCACGACCCCACCUGGAGAGAACACACCUGUCACCACUGAGGAUUCACCUUCGCUCGGUUUGAGAGUGACCUCUACAACCCCCAGCCUCCGACCAACAAACCCCACCCCAGCUCAUGCCAGUGGCACCGGGACCCCCACCCCCCUCAGGCCUAAAAACCCCACCCCCCAGCAUGCUGCUGGUGUUACCUUCUCUGCCAGACCAGGGAACCCAACACCCACCCAAGACUCUGGAUCCAACUCCCAGGGUAGUGUCCCGUCAGAGACCCCCUCUGCCUCCCUGUCUGUCCGCCCCACCACCAUCCCAGAACAUCCGGAACCCUCACCAGGUGGGAAAGAGAACUUGGAGAAUUCUGGUCAGUUUACCUCGCGGUCUAACCAGGUAGCCUCGUCUGACGGUGAGCUGGUCACGACUCGCAGUCUACUGCUGGACGUCAACAACCAGCCGCGUAAGGACACGGUCAGACUGCCCCGCGCUCUGGACGGAGGGAAACCUGGCUCAUUACCGAAUCAAAAGUUUUCACUAGUUGAGGAGCCCGUACGUAGGAAGGUCCAGACAUCGUCAGUAGCAGGAGCUUCCUACAAGGGUGUGAGGCAGAUGGGAGCUCUGCGGGGGCUCAUGGCAGUUCCUGACGAUGUAGACUUCGGAGUGCUGCGGGAGGGGAACACCUACGUGUACACGGUACAGCUGAAGAAUGUGGGCGUGGACAGCUGCAGGUUCAAGGUCAAACAGCCCCCACCCUCCACGGGACUCCGUGUCCUCUACAACCCUGGACCAAUUGCGGCCGGCAUGAAGGCGACUGAGGACCUGAUGUACCUUCCUGUCACUGCAACUAUUCUAACCGCCGCGGAGCACGAUAACCGCAGCCUGGGCAGCCCGCGGGGAGGGAAGGCUCCCGCCGCAAAACUCAUCUCCACCAAACCUCCGUCAGGACAGGGCAUACUGCGGCCUCGACGGGAUGUUCUCAUUGAAGGACUUCCUACCAUGGGCUGAGCACCUUGAGAAGAGAAGUCUGACAUCCCAGUCUCUAUGCAACGUUUCAAUUCUCAUCAAUGGUCUUUGUAGAUAAUUCCUGACCAUUUGGGGCUUGUAGUAUUUGGUGUUAAAGAUAUGGAGUGUAAAUAUUAAAUGAUGAAAAAUGUAUUGUCCUUGUAUUUUGAAAAUGAAGUACUAGUUGCCUUGUGGUAUGGUGUUUGAAAUUGUCACUAUAAUAAAAUAUUUUGUAUUCACAUUUUCAA